AGAGCCCGAUCUGACACAAGCUCUGAUAAUUCUAAUGUUCGUGAAGAAAUUGACGAAUUGUAUACAGAAGCAAUGCAUAUAGAAAGUCAUGUGCAUACAAUUGCAGCAUUGGAGCAACAAUUGCAAGAACAAGAAAAUAGAGAGCUCAUUAUGAUCAUGGAAUUUCAACGAAAUAUUGAAGACCAAGAACAAAUGAUAUUGGAAUUGAGGAGGCAAUUAGAAGAGCAUGAUAAAGUUAUAGCUUAUUUAAAGAGUUUAUUUAGUGAGAUGUCAAAGCUUUGA